AUGAUUGUAAAGGAGAGACAACUCUCAACUACCAGCGACGAUGUUAACAGACCUCUCAUCCACUACACUCCUAACUAUGGCUGGAUGAACGAUCCAAACGGUCUUUUCUACGACAAAAAGGCUGCUGUGUGGCAUAUGUACUACCAAUACAACCCUAACGAUACUGUCUGGGGCCUUCCUUUAUAUUGGGGGCACGCAACCUCGAAGGAUUUGAGUGUCUGGGAAGAUCAAGUUCCUGCUAUUGGUCCCGAUAAUGACAAUGAUGGCAUUUUUUCGGGAAGUAUUGUGGUGGACCACAACAACACUACUGGUUUCUUCGAUGACUCUAUCCAUCCAGAUCAGCGUGUAGUUGCCAUUUACACCUUGCAUACCUCCGAGAAGCAGACCCAGGAUCUUGCAUAUUCUCUUGAUGGUGGUUACACCUUCACCAAAUAUUCUGGCAACCCUGUGUUGGAUGUCAACUCGACUCAGUUCCGUGACCCCAAAGUGUUCUGGCAUGAGCCCACAAACCAAUGGAUUAUGGUUCUUGCAAAGAGUCAAGAGUUCAAGAUCCAGAUCUUUGGCUCUAUCGAUUUGAAGUCUUGGUCGCUCCAUUCCAACUUCUCAUCGGGUCUCUACGGUUUCCAGUACGAAUGUCCAGGUCUUGUUGAGGUUCCUAUUGAGAAUUCUACUGAAACAAAAUGGGUGAUGUUUUUGGCCAUCAACCCAGGUAUGCCCUUGGGUGGUUCUGCCAAUCAAUACUUUGUCGGUCAUUUCGAUGGUUUUACUUUCGUUCCUGAUGACACUCAGACAAGAUUACAGGACUGGGGUAAAGACUACUAUGCUUUCCAGGCCUUUAGCGACGUUCCAAAGGAAAUGGGCGUGCUUGGACUUGCAUGGGCUUCCAACUGGCAAUAUGCCAACAAGGUUCCCACAAGUGGCUGGAGAAGCUCCAUGUCUGUGGCGAGAAAUCACACUUUGAAGAAUAUUGCCAUCAACCCAGAAACCAAGGUGUUAUCUUUGGUUCAAAAGCCUGUCCUCGGUAGCACAGUCCAAAAGACAAACUUGAUUGACCAAGACUUCUGCAUCUUUGGUAAGAAUACUCUGGUGAAUGCCACGGCUUCGCAAUCAGGAGUGUUCGAAAUCGACUUUACAUUCAAGGUUCAUAAAACAACCGAGCUCCAGAAAACACUCGAGCUCGAAAUUAUUUCCAAUACUAAGGAUGGAAAAACUGAAAGUAUUAGAACUGGUUUCGAUGUUGAUGGCGGAUCUUUCUACGUUGAUAGAGGCAUUGAUAACGCGUUCAACAAGAAUCCAUUCUUCACCGACAAGACUUCAGCAUAUGUUGACCCCAUGGAGUAUGACGAUAGUGGAUUGCCAAUCUACAAAUUUUAUGCCAUUGUGGACAAAAAUAUCUUAGAGGUGUACUUGAACGAUGGCGCGGCCACAUUAACCAACACUUUCUUUAUGAGCGAUGGGUUCACACCUGAAUCUGUCGUUUUGUCUUCAACUUGCUCUUCUACGUUUGAAGUGAAGUCUGAGAUUAACGAAUUAACCAUUUAA